UCACCACGCCGUAACACCACAGCACGAUAGCAACAGCAGAAGCGCACACAGGGCGAGCGCACGCACAGGGCACAUCGAUCUCGAUCAGCAGCUAAGCAAGCAAAGCAUGGCGAACGGGGGCAUCAGGUCGCUGGCCUCGGGCUUCCUGUUCCUGAACCUCAUCAUGUACAUCGUCGUCGCCAUCAUCGCCGGCUGGGCCAUCAACUACAGCAUCGAGGACAGCGCCCACUCACUGAAGGGCGCGACGCCACCGGUGCGCCUGUUCCCGAUCUACUUCCCGAUCGGCAACCUCGCCACGGGCUUCUUCGUCAUCUUCGCGCUCCUCGCCAGCGCCGUCGGCAUCGCCACCUCGCUCACCGGACUGCGCGACGUCACCGAGGGCCACCCCGCCAGCAUGAUGUCCGCCACCGCCUCCGCCAUCGUCGCCUGGACACUCACCCUCCUCGCCAUGGGGCUGGCGUGCAAGGAGAUCAGCAUCGGCUGGAGGCCCCCGAGCCUGCGUGCGCUGGAGACGUUCACCAUCAUCUUGGCGGGGACGCAGCUGCUCUGCGUCGGCUCACUGCACGCCGGAGCCAACGCGGCCAUCGUGGAGACGCCCAUGGGAGUCAGGGCCAGAGUUUGAUCGAGCUGCAGAGUCAGGCCAUCGGCGUCGUCGAUGAAGUGUGUAUAAAUUGAGGUGCAUCAUCUUGGGAGGGAUUUGUUCGCGUGUGCCGUGUGGAUAUAUACAUAUUGUGCUAUACCGUGUGUGUCGCUGUGUGUGUGCGUGCCGCGAAAUUGUCUCAUGGGUGUUCUUUAAUCGAGCGAUGAUUUAUGAGUUA